UCUGAGACCCUAAAUCUGCUCCCAUCCACAAAUAUUUUAGACAACCAUCCCCUACAAAAUCUCGAUCCCUCCUACCUCAUCGAGGGAUCAUUGUUUUGCAAGAAAAGGAAUAAACCACCUCUCCAUACACCGGCCCUUUGUUUCGCUAGCUUGUGACGGGCGGCGCGAGUAUGGAGAAGGUGAGCUCCACGAGGGUGGCCGCGGCGGCCGUGGUGGCGCUGUGCCUGCUGCUGGCGCCGGCGCAGGAGGCCGCCGGCGUGGAGUACAUGACGUACCCGCCCAACAUGAUCAACUGCAAGGUGCUGGGCAACUGCGAGAAGAACGCCGGCCCCGAGGCCACCCGCCCCGGCAAGCCGGCCAACAGCUACACCCGCGGCUGCAGCGCCAUCGACAGGUGCCGCGGCUGAUCGCGAUCUCCAUCGGCAGGGCGUGUGCGCGGAUCAUCGGAGGGAUCCAUCUCUGUGCGCGAUGUGCGAUCCGGCUGAUUCUUGCUUGCUUCCUUCGUGCUGCUGUACCUAAUGAUUUUACACCGCGUACGUAUACACUACAUGCUCUGAAAAGCCGAUGUGAUCGUCCUCUAUACAUGUUGGGCCUGUCACCACAA